AUGAAAUCCUCUGGAAGCAAGCACUUCUGCUGUACUAUCUGCCAGCGAGGUUUCACCCGCAUUGACCAUCUCAAGCGCCACCAUCUGCGCCUGACAAUCUACGGGACCACUACGCGGACUGCGCCCAACGAGGAGACCGAAAGAUUCCCGAAACUGGACAAAGAGGCAGAAGGCGUCAUGCGUGCCAAUCGUUCUUGUCAGAAAAGAAAUCUCCAUUGUGAUAACGAGCGCAACCAAGUGAAAGAGCCUGAGCUGGGAGGUAUUAGCGCCACUUACACACCUCUCGGUUUUCUGGACUGCCUGCUCAUGGCUGUAUAG